GAGGGUUGAAACCUCGUCGCUGUAACAAACUUGGGGAACUCUUGCCAAGGCCUGGAAGAAACGGGCCGGCGUGUAGGUAGGGCCUACCCGGACGUACGGACCCUGUUGCCCUUACUUGCAAGAAUGCUCAACUCUGCUCCAUGCCCUCGUGGAGCUCGUUUACUUAUUGGCACGGCCGGCGAUCGAGCAGGGGGAACUCGCAGCUCCCAGCUCUGAGCAAGAUCCUUCGAGGAGAGGAUGACUUCGCCGAGCCUCACGACGUGCCGGCAUGCUACAGCUCGUCCGGGUGCAGGCAGGGUCACCGGCUGCGGCGGCGUCAGGGCGGCACCGCUCCGAUCAAGAUCAGGAAAUGGUUUUGCUCCGAGCGUCUCCUCACGGUCGCCGUCGCCGUCGAGAGCGAUCACCAGUUGCGCUCUGAAGCCGCCGCCAUCGUACGGCGGCAAGGCGACGGAGAAGAAGAAGGUCAACCCCGGGGACCUCUUCACCUUCUCCUACAGGUUCAACACCGACAUCCCCAUGGGUGAGACUCCAGGGGCAUCCAUCGACGAGUACCUGAUGAACAGGCCGAGGAUCGUCGGGGCCGUGUUCCCCGACGAGCGCAAGCGCACCAAACUCAACGACGAGGAGUGGAGCGUGCAGCUGGUGCCGAUCCAGUUCAUGUUCCUGUCGGCGUGCCCGGUGAUCGCCGUCCGCUUCGUGAGCAGGUCCGGCGGGGAGGGGUACCCGCCCCACGUCCCCGUGCACGCCACCAGCCUCCUCCUCAUGGAAGUGACGGACUACAAGCUGAAGGGGCUGCAGAGGGACGCGAUGCCGCCGCACCUGGCGCUGACGGUGCGGGGCUCGCUGUACCCGCAGCCGGAGGGGCGGAGGAGCCUGCGGGGCCACGUGGAGAUGAGCGUGGGGUUCAACCUGCCGCCGGUGCUGGCGCUCGUGCCGGAGCCCAUCAUCCGGGGCGUCGGCGACACCGUGCUCCGGCAGCUGGCGGAGCAGAUGAAGCACGACUUCGACACCGGCCUCGCCGCCGACUUCAAGAAGUACCGCACCGAGAAGCUCACCGAGAGGAGGAGGACCCCCCAACACUGAACGACAGACAUUUUCCUUCUCUCUUUUUUUUCUGGUGGCGUUGGCUGCUGCCCGGCAACAUUCAUGGAAGAUUCUUUCGAACUUGUCGCACGAAAAAAAAAAUAAGUUGCUAAUGUAUCGUGUUAUUCGUCAGUGCGUCGACACGACUGACAAGAUAAUAACUUAGGAUCCAAUAGUUGUAAAUACUGUAAAUUAUGGAUACAAGAAUAUUCAGUUAUGCAGAGACUGCUAAUCUCAGGAUAA